AUGGUGCAGGAUCUCCAUGGCUAUUGGUUUGAUCAUCACGAGUACUGGCACGGUUGUCGUGAUGACGCCAUUCUCCUCGGCGACGCGGCCGCAGAACGCCGUCUCUUUGAGGCUUCCGGGCUCGCGCAGCUGCUGCCCAAGGAGAUAGCGUCCACGCCCGAAACGGCAGCCCAGCGCCGCGGCCGACGGCGCUACGCGCUCUUCGUGGCGACGCGAUACAGCUAUUGGCUCGCCUGUCCUACGCUGACAGUCUCUGCGUUGAUCCUGAUUGUGAUCGUCGCAGUGAACAGCCAGGUGCUGCUGGAGGCCGAAACGCCAUAUCUCUUCAACAGUGAUCACAUCUUCCACCGAGCCCAAGAAGUCAAGGCGAAGGCAGGUGGCCUGCCUAGCCCGGACGUCAUGGCUGCCACAGUGCUGCGGAAUGCUUCGAGCUGCCAGAUUGGCGCGGAUGCUUCCCUGCAGUGUUCUUGGUAUUCUUGUACCGCCCAGACUUCCGUCGUAGACCUGGCGGGCCUUUGCGAGUGCGACUACCGCCUGGAAGCUGCUGAAACUCAGUGCUAUGCCACAGCUCGCUUUGCGGGCCUCACCGAGCCUCUGGAAGGAUUCUGGGAGUGGGCCAACGCUACUUUGGCAUCGAGGAAUACGAGCCUGAAGGGCGCGCGGCUGAACUUCGCCACAUGGUCCCUGGCAUCGCCGUUGGAGCUCGAGGAUUGGGACUCCGGGCGCAACUUCCUUCAGAAGCAGGCGGUGCUGUAUACGUAUGUGCCGAUGUGGGACAACCGCAACACUCAGCUUCGAACUGCCUAG